AUCAUAUUUUGCUAGUGCAUUUUUGAGCAAUUCCGAGCAUUUCUCCCUCCAUAGGUGCGGGAAGAAGGGCUGACAGAUUUUUGCUGGUUAUGUGAACAGCCUCAAAAAUUGCUUGUUCCAUUUGAGAUGCGAGGUUAUCAAGGUGUCUAUGACUUGGAAAAGAAGAUGUAUGAGGCUGCUGUGGGAAGUCUUGUUUCAGUUCAAUGUCCCUUACCAGUAAAGUUCUCACUUCCCAAUCCCCAGGAUCCUUUUUCCUUGAAGCCAGGAUCAAUCUCCAAAUGCUUCUCUAAGUCUAAAGCAGCUGUAGUGGACAAAUCAUCAAGUCUCAGUGCAGCCAUAGCUGCUGCACGAGGAGCAGCUACACAAUUCUCAAAGAAGGCUCAGACUUUACAAAUUAAAACCAUUGAGGAUAGAAAUGUUGCCAUUCGUACAACAGUGGACAAAUUGAAGAGCUCAUCUUUGGAAGAAGAUAAGAAGCCCAUCAACAAAGCAGACACUUUGGUUCCUCCCCACGAAGAACAAAGAGGUCCCCUUGAGCACAAAGGAAAUAGUGGCAAUCGCAAGCAAUUUCCUCAUAUGGAAUCAAGCCAGCAUCAAGCGGCUCCUUCUAAGAUUUUUGCUGCGGCCCUGAGGGGGCUGAGACCAGCAUGAAGCUAGACCAAUUUUCAGAAUGAACAAGAUCUACAAGAAGAAGCUACUAAUGAGUCGGACCCAACUAUUAUUAUUUGUACAUAGAAAUAUUCGAUUAUAUUUUUAACAUCAUAAGUGGGGCUUUUUGAGUAUUUGAAGUUGACUUUUUUUGGGUCCAUUUGUUCUAUCUGUAUGCCAUAAAUUACUCUUUGGAAGAUGUCAUUGUAGAGCUCCAUAUUAGUUAGUCAGCAUUGUUUCGGAUAUUAUAAAAGAGGCAAUGCACUGUUUAUUGGUUGAAUUGCACCAAUAAUCCAC